UUAAAUGUGAAGAGAUGAUGUCAACUAUUGGCUCCCUUCCAGCAGGCCUCAUUUCCUGCAAUGGUUAUUUAAGAUGCGUUUCAAGCACUUCAUCUUAUAUUUGCUUAUGUCAGAUAUGGAAGUGUAUUUUAAUGCACAAUAUUCUGAGUUGAACAUUCCCUUUCAGCAAACGGAUCAUACCAGCCAGCAGCGUCCAGAAAUGCGAUGCAGGUGGUCUGUUGGUGUUAUUAUUGUUAUUUUUGUGUGCCUUCUAUUGGCAGCAGCCACUGCCAUUGCUGUUAUGGCACUAAAGACCGAGCCCUGUCCCGAAUGGUGGGUGCGUUACAAAGACAAGUGUUACUACAUUUCAACAAACAAAACUAUGUGGAACACGAGUGCAGAGGAUUGCACGUCACGAGGAGCUCAGCUCUACGUGAUGGAAGACCAAGAGGAACUGGAUCUUCUCCGUCAGCAGUGUAGAGUUCAUUUAUCUUUCUGGAUUGGACUGAGAAGAAAAGUGGACUGGAAGUGGAUCGAUGGACAGGCUUUCAAUUCAACAAGUUCUGAUUUUAUAGGAAAAGGAAGCUGUGCCUGUCUGACUGGAAAGAAAAUACAAAGUUUGAAAUGUGAUCAGGAUAAAUACUGGAUCUGCAAGAAGUGGCCCGCUUAUAUGUGACUACACCAGAAGGACACAAAUGCCAGACACAAGGCCCUUAACGCUCUCCUUAUUAUAAGGAACUGUUUUUGAAAAUAAUAUCUUGAAUAAAAGAAGUGAAGUAUCAAGAAGCUGAAUUUACAAGCUUGCAUUGGAUCUGUCUAUAGCAGUGCACCUUAGUAAAAAUGCAAAUAUAUUAUUGAACGUUUACUGCAGAUUUGGCACCAGAAGUGUGAAGUACUGAUUGAAUUUGUUAAAGUACAUGGAACUGAUUACCUUUCUCAUGUUUGUGAGUUUGAGAGAUGUACAGAUAUGGACAAAUUUGUUGGUCCCCUUG